AUGGUGUUUGUUGACCUAGAAAAGGCUUACGACAAAGUCCCAAGGAAGGUGUUGUGGAGAUGUCUGGAAGCUAGAGGUGUUCCUGUAGCUUACAUUAGAGUGAUAAACGACAUGAAUACUGGAGCCAAGACCCCAGUGAGGACGGUUGGAGGUGAUUCAGAACACUUCCCAGUCACGAUGGGCCUGCAUCAGGGGUCCGCUCUUAGCCCCUUUUUAUUUGCUUUGGCGAUGGACGCAUUGACGCUCCAUAUUCAAAGAGAGGUGUCGUGGUCCAUGUUGUUUGCUGAUGACAUUGUGCUUAUUGACGAGUCGCGGAGUGGUGUUAACACGAGACUAGAGGUAGCAGAGAUGCGGAUGCUGAGAUCGAUGUGCGAGCAUACCAGGAGAGAUAGGAUUCAGAAUGAAGUGAUUCGGGACAAGAUGGGUGUGGCCCCUGUGGUGGAUAAGAUACAGGAAGAGAGGUUGAGAUGGUUCGGCCAUGUGCAGCAGAGAUGCGUUGAUGCGCCAGUGAGGAGGUGUGAGAGACUGACAGUGGUGGGCCUGAAGAGAGGGAGGGGUAGGCCAAAGAAGGCCUGGGGAGAGGUGAUUCGGCAGUAUAUAGUGCUACUUCAGCUUACCGAGGACAUGACCUGUGAUAGGAUAGUGUGGAGGUCGACUAUCAGGGUAGAGGGCUAG